AUGCAGCUAUUUACUCCCCUCUGGUUAGGCGCGUACCUGGCCUCGGGCGUCGUCGCCUCGUCCGGUCGAGUGUUUCUCUGGGAUCCCGAUCGAACACCUGCACAGGACCCCGACCUCCCUUCAGUCAGCGCCGAGACAGCACGGUUAAUACUGGCUCAGCGGCUAGGACUCGGGCAGUUCCAUUCUAUCCCGGAGGAUGAUGCGCAGGUGCUGGAUGUGUUGAAUCGAUUUGGAGCUUCGGCACCGCUUUUCCAGGCAACACCCGUGUCAAAACAGCCCAAGGCUCUAGUGGUGAUUGAGGGAUUGGAGGAACCAGAGCAACUUGUCACCGAUGGCCGAUAUACUCGAUUUGAGAUCGGCGACGUUCCCGAUGACGCUAGGACGCAGCAACUAUUGAAGGAUAUCACGACGCAGGCGGCAUAUCUGGGAACCGAGCAUUCAGAGAGACACAGAAUUGGAGGCUAUGCUUUCAACGGCAUCAAGCAUUUUCUUGAAGUCGACGAGUGGACUCUUGCCAGGGUGACAGAGGAACUCGAUGGCAUUCUGGGCUUUGCUCGGGACGAAUCCAUCUCGAUCACGGUUGCUGCCUUACCAUAUUCCUCCUCCACCGGGUCAAGGAGUUCGUACGGCUCAUACCAGCUACCCAAACGCGAUCUCCUGAAUGCAGAAGCACCAAUGUCGGAGUCGAUACCUACUUCACGACCCCCGAUCCCGAAAGCAGAGUCACCAGCUGUGGGACCCUUCGAAGCAGGACCAUCGGGCAUCAUCCCGGUAUGUUUCUCCUCCCUUUCGGCCUGCGAAUCCACUACGCGAAACUGCACGGGACAUGGCGAGUGCCUUCUCAAAUUCAAAACGCAAGACGACGAACCAAAAUCCUGCUACGCCUGCGCGUGCACCAAACCCGUUGUCCGGACCAACGAGGACGGAUCCAAGAAAACCACCUACUUUGGCGGCUCCGCAUGCCAGAAAGAGGAUAUCAGUGUGGCUUUCUGGCUUAUCGCGGGUUUCACCAUUUUCCUGAUCUUUGUGGUGUCAUCCGGAGUUGGGCUCCUUUACUCCAUGGGAUCGGAAGAACUGCCCUCGGUCAUUGGGGCCGGUGUGUCGGGACCUAGAGCCAAGUGA